UGCGUUUCUGAGGCGCGAGCUGACAAUGUGUGUGGUGGCCGCGCCCCCUUUCUUGUUGCAUGGCAACAACAAACAAUUGUACUGCGGAAGGAGUCCCCAAAGGAGUUGGUGCUGGGCGGAGUCAGAGCAGCUCUUGAGGUUCAGGGAGGCGGGGAAGACCUGGUCCCACGCUUGCUGAGACAGAAGUCACAGCAGGAUUAUGCCCCUCAGGGCAAGAGGAAGGUGGGAGCUCGGCUGUGGCUUUAGCCUGGCCCAGACUUCAAGGCUGGGUCAAGGACAGAGUCGGGAGUUGGAAGGACCCUGGGGGAAAAAGAGGGCUGGACGGGAAGGAGGGGCCAACGGAGGAUUCAGUGUUAAAUGAGCUCAGGCUUUGCUAAUGGUGGGGUGGGAUUGGAGGCGGGACGGGAUGCGAAGGUGGAUGGGGUGUGAAUAGGGCUGGGGCUACUCCCAGGCAACAGGGAUACAGGAUGGGGAAGGCUAUGGCCUGAGAUACUACCCUUAUCCCCUGCCUCCCUGCGGUUCUACCAAGCAGAGUUCAGAAACUGCCGCCGUAACCCAAGAACAAAGUUGCAUGCAGAGCCAACCUAGGAGCUUCAAAAUCGGGAUUCCUUACUGAGAAAGGCCAGGGCCUUAGCAAUCCAAGAAGCUUAAAAUGUCUGCUGAAUCUUCCCCUUCAGUGACCUUAUACUGUGGUGGCAGGUGGAACCGUUGAUGUAUAGCAUAAACCAGUCAACAGAUGCCAGGGAAGCAGCAGCCAUUGAGGCUAAAAGAAAUCGAGAAAAAGAGCGACAAAACCGAUUCUUCAAUGUGCGGCACCGAGUCAUGGGGGUGGAUGUCCAGGCCCUAAACAACCAGGUGGCAGAGCGAAAGCGUCGGGAAGCAGCAGAAAAAAGCAAGGAGGCAGCCUAUGGUACCAGCCAGGUGCAGUAUGAUGUGGUAGUCCAGAUGUUAGAGAAGGAAGAGGCAGAACGAACACGUCGGCUGGCCAAGAAGGUCCAGGAUUUUCGGGAGCAGAAGCAGCAGCUCAAGAACGGGCGUGAAUUUAGUCUUUGGGAUCCAGACCAAGUCUGGAAGGGGCUUCCGACCUAUCUUAGUUACAAUAAUACCUAUCAUGGUCCAUCCGGCCUGCAGUACUUCUCUGGGGAAGACCUAGACAGGGUCACACACCUGAGAAUGCAGCAGAGGCAGUUCAGGUACGACUUGGAAAGGCAGCAGCAGGAGCAACAGCAAGCCAAGGUUGAUGAGAAUUAUGCAGAUGCGCUCAGUGACCAGCUGCGCCUCGCCAUGGACGCACAGGCCACCCAUCUGGCCAGGCUGGAGGAGUCCUGUCGCGUGGCCAUGAUGUGUGCCAUGGCCAACGCCAACAAAGCGCAGGCAGCUGCACAGUCUGGGCGUCAGCGCUGUGAGCGUCAGCGUGAACAGAAGGCCAAUCUUGCGGAGAUCAAGAACCAGAGCACGAGUGACCUACUGACUGAGAACCCCCAGGUCGCCCAACACCGUACAGCUCCCCACCGGGUCCUGCCCUAUUGCUGGAAGGGCAUGACUCCAGAGCAGCGAGCUGCCAUCAGGAAAGAGCAGGAAGUACAACGCUUUGAGAAGGAAGCACAAUGUCAGGCUGAAAAAGCAUUGGAUACUGAAUGGAAAAGCCAGACCAUGAGCUCGGCCCAGGCAAUGCUGGAGCUAGAAGAGCAGGAGAGGGAAUUGUGUGCUCAGUUUCAGAGGGGUCUAGGCUCCUUCAACCAGCAGCUGGCUCAGGAGCAAAAAGCCCAGCAGGAUUACCUGAACUCAGUAAUCUACACCAAUCAACCUACAGCCCAGUAUCACCAACAGUUUAACACCAGCAGCCGCUAAGUUCAGGAUGUUUAUCUCUCCCUUUUCGUCCAUCAAGCUCACAAGUGGUCAGGAGUCAAAGAGAAAAAUGCUGCAUACUCCCACCUUCUAACCUAGGUAAUAAACUUCUUCACUCAAAA